AUGACAAACCAGGAGAAGUGGGCUCACCUUAGUCCCUCAGAAUUUUCCCAACUUCAGAAAUAUGCUGAGUAUUCUACAAAGAAAUUAAAGGAUGUUCUUGAAGAAUUCCAUGGUAACGGUGUGCUUGCAAAGUAUAAUCCUGAAGGGAAACAAGACAUUCUUAACCAAACAAUAGAUUUUGAAGGUUUUAAGCUAUUUAUGAAGACAUUCCUAGAGGCAGAGCUUCCUGAUGAUUUCACAGCACACCUUUUCAUGUCAUUUAGCAACAAAUUUCCUCAUUCUAGUCCAAUGGUAAAAAGUAAGCCUGCUCUCCUUUCAGGAGGUCUGAGAAUGAAUAAAGGUGCCAUCACCCCCCCCCGUACUUCUCCUGCAAAUACGUGUUCCCCAGAAGUAAUCCAUCUGAAGGACAUUGUCUGUUAUCUGUCUCUUCUUGAAAGAGGAAGACCUGAGGAUAAACUCGAAUUUAUGUUUCGCCUCUAUGACACAGAUGGGAAUGGCUUCCUGGACAGCUCGGAGCUAGAAAAUAUCAUCAGUCAGAUGAUGCAUGUCGCAGAAUACCUUGAAUGGGAUGUCACUGAACUUAAUCCAAUCCUCCACGAAAUGAUGGAAGAAAUUGACUAUGAUCAUGAUGGGACAGUCUCUCUGGAGGAAUGGAUCCAAGGAGGAAUGACAACAAUUCCACUUCUUGUGCUUCUGGGCUUGGAAAAUAACGUGAAGGAUGAUGGACAGCAUGUGUGGCGACUCAAGCACUUUAACAAACCUGCCUACUGCAAUCUUUGUCUGAACAUGCUGAUUGGUGUGGGGAAGCAGGGCCUCUGCUGUUCCUUUUGCAAGUAUACAGUCCAUGAGCGCUGUGUGGCUAGAGCACCUCCUUCUUGCAUCAAGACCUAUGUGAAGUCCAAGAAGAACACUGAUGUCAUGCAUCAUUACUGGGUUGAAGGUAACUGCCCAACCAAGUGUGAUAAGUGCCACAAAACGGUUAAAUGUUACCAGGGCCUGACAGGACUGCAUUGUGUUUGGUGUCAGAUCACACUGCAUAAUAAAUGUGCUUCUCAUCUCAAACCUGAAUGUGACUGCGGACCUUUGAAGGACCAUAUUUUACCACCCACAACAAUCUGUCCAGUAGUACUGCAGACUCUGCCCACUUCAGGAGUUUCAGUCCCUGAGGAAAGACAAGCAACAGUGAAAAAGGAAAAAGGUGGUUCCCAGCAAUCAAACAAAGUGACAGAUAAGAACAAAAUGCAAAGAGCCAACUCCGUGACGGUGGAUGGGCAAGGCCUACAGAUUACUCCUGUUCCUGGUACUCAUCCGCUUUUAGUUUUUGUGAACCCCAAAAGUGGUGGGAAGCAAGGAGAACGAAUUUAUAGAAAAUUCCAAUAUCUACUAAAUCCUCGUCAGGUUUACAGUCUUUCUGGAAAUGGACCAAUGCCAGGGUUAAACUUUUUCCGUGAUGUUCCUGAUUUCAGAGUGUUAGCCUGUGGUGGAGAUGGAACCGUGGGGUGGAUUUUGGACUGCAUAGAAAAGGCUAAUGUUGUCAAGCAUCCUCCAGUUGCAAUUCUGCCUCUUGGGACCGGCAAUGAUCUAGCAAGAUGCCUGCGAUGGGGAGGAGGUUAUGAAGGUGAGAAUCUGAUGAAAAUCCUAAAAGACAUUGAAAACAGCACAGAAAUCAUGUUGGACAGGUGGAAGUUUGAAGUCAUACCUAAUGACAAAGAUGAGAAGGGAGACCCAGUGCCUUACAGUAUCAUCAAUAAUUACUUUUCCAUUGGCGUGGAUGCUUCCAUUGCACACAGAUUCCACAUCAUGAGAGAAAAACACCCAGAAAAAUUCAACAGUAGAAUGAAGAACAAAUUUUGGUAUUUUGAGUUUGGCACAUCUGAAACUUUCUCAGCCACCUGCAAGAAGCUACAUGAAUCUGUAGAAAUAGAAUGUGAUGGAGUACAAAUAGAUUUAAUAAACAUCUCCCUGGAAGGAAUUGCUAUUUUGAAUAUACCAAGCAUGCAUGGUGGAUCCAAUCUUUGGGGAGAGUCUAAGAAAAGACGAAGCCAUCGCCGAAUAGAGAAAAAAGGGUCUGACAAAAGGACCACACUCACAGAUGCGAAAGAAUUGAAGUUUGCAAGUCAGGAUCUAAGUGAUCAGCUGCUGGAGGUGGUUGGCUUGGAAGGAGCCAUGGAGAUGGGACAAAUCUACACAGGACUGAAAAGUGCUGGGCGGCGGCUGGCGCAGUGUUCUUCUGUGGUCGUCAGGACUAGCAAGUCUCUGCCAAUGCAGAUCGACGGGGAACCAUGGAUGCAGACCCCAUGCACAAUAAAAAUUACACACAAGAACCAAGCCCCAAUGCUGAUGGGUCCUCCUCCAAAAACCGGGUUGUUCUGCUCCCUCGUCAAAAGAACAAGAAACCGAAGCAAGGAAUAAACCUGUCUCAUUUUAUUCUUCGAGAUCUUAUUAGCAUAAUUGGGCCAUGGAAACUUAUGCUGGAAAUCUUUGAACCAUUUCAAUUCUCUUGCUCAUGCAAAAUCAUGGAAUUGGUUUAACAGUUUUUGUUACUGAGCUAACGUAAAAUUCAGCUAUUAGAAAAUUUGUCUCAGUUUUUAUAGGCAUCUUUGCAUGAAGAAGGCAGAAGUUUACAUGAAGUGGUCCUGCAUAUUUUUGUUGCAUGCAUUCCCAUAGAUUUUUAUGUCCCUCAACUCUUCCUCCCCCAGUUUCCAUUUACUGACCUGGGAGAGAAAUCUGUGAGCCAUAAAAGGAAAUACCAUGGGAAAUGUGAUUCUCCGUGUGAUUCCAAUUAUUGAUAAGCACUAAUCAGUAAUGCUACGAUGGUCAUAACCACAGAUUGCGAUGCUUUUCCCUUUUAGAAUCAGUGUCUCAAUGACCUUUGAACUAUGACUUGAGAAGAAACUUUUAAUUGGAAGAUUUUAUUAAAUAGCUGUCUAUGAUACCUCGCUGUAUCUAAAUAGUUUUUCUUCAACAUCUUGAUGCUUCUGAGUGGAUUUUAAAAUUUCAGGUAUAAAGUUUUCUUGUGC